AUGUUUCUAAAAAAAAUGGGGAAAAAGAGAGAAAAAUUGAAAGUGUCUCACAAAGAUGGGUCCAUGGAAUAUAUUAUAACAUACCUUUUGGUGAGAAUCAGUCUGGCAGUACAAAAUCUCCUUACCUUUGGGGAUGCUGCAUACCUACAGGUGAUAUUCAAUCUAGCAGUACAACGCCUCCUAGCCUCUCGGGAGGGUGCCUGCUGCAUUUCAAGAAAAACUAGAAGGAAUUGUGUAUGUUACAUGAAGGCUCGGGGACCGCAUCCUUUGAUUUCAUCUCAUCCUCUGUGUUUAUCUGAGGUGGGCCUCCUCCCCUAUUUCUGGCUGUGUAACAUCGAUCUGAAGAUAUGCGUGUCAGUUCUGCAAAGUUUACCAAAAUACCCCCACCACAGUAAACUUCUCAAAUCAAGGGCUUCUGUCGGUCACAACACAGCAGCUCGUAACACUGCAGCUUUUAUAGCUCCGAAAAUCAGCACGGGGACACGUACCUUGACCAAACCUUCCAGUCUACCUCAACUUUCUUCAUUACACAAGCCGACCCUAAACAAGGCCGUCGGAGGUCAUAUCCCGUGGGUACAGCGCCCCAACCUCACGAGACCACACACACACAUUACUUCACAGCUUAUGACUAGGGGGACCAGGCCGGGCACAUCUAAGCCCAGAACCAAUAUGGAUUUCUUGAGUGGCGAUUACUUGAAUGGACCGAUGUAUGACCACAGGGUCAGUGGUGAUGUGGACUCCGCCAUCUUUGCAUCUAGUCCUAACUCUCUGUGUAUUUAUGAACAGGAGAAAAAUGACAUGCAGAGUUUUAACGACAAUUCGUGUCACGGCAGCAUGACGAGUCUUCUUAAUGAGGAACAAUUUGAUCUGAAAUCGCAAUACGAGAACUCGCUGGACAUCACAAUGCCUGUGGAAACUUCAGCUGUUACGACCACCACGGGGACAUUUUCUGAAAAUACGUGGGCAAAUAACUCAGAGAAUCAGACAUGUAAUACAGAUCUAGUCAAAACAGAGGUGUUCGAGCCCACCCUGGCCGAACUUAACACGUCAACAUCUGAAGAAAAUACAAUGAUGGAUAUCAGUAACAUCACAGACUUUAUCUCUCAAGAAAGCAUGCAGCAACUGGAUAUGUUGAUCUCUGCUGCUCAGCAGUCGUUUACCAACGUGGAAAAUUCAGGCACUUCCAGUGAGACAAAACAGAACUCACGGGACCGAGGCCGGCACAGUUCGGCAAGUGAGGUGUCCCAAACAUGGACUGCUACUUUACCCUCGCAGGAAGAUUCUGCCAUGUUGUCUGGUGAUGUCAAAUUACCAAAUUACCAGCAAAGGCCCCUUCAAGGGUCCCGCGUCAGACAUUCUAGUGCGUCGUCGUACUCUAACAAACCACCACAGAAAUCCACUGUACCGAGCAAGACUCUGCAGCAGCUCUUGUCGGUCAGACUGCCUCCCGUUACUACGGUGACCAGCACUGAACACACAGUUCCGACAUCAUCAACUCCUCAGAUGGCCCCCGUCAAACGGAAAAGGCCCGCCAUUCCAGAGGAGGAGUCGAGUUCUGUGGACAGGAAGUGGGAGGAAAUCAAACAGAUUCUCUACCCAGAGGACAAGCAGGUGCCCUCCCAGCCCAAGUGUAAACGACAGAGCCUGGAUUCUGUUGGUUCAGCACCUUCGUUUGACGACUCGGAUUCAGACUCCGAUAUUAAUGAAUUCUCAGAUUCAGACUCAGAAGGCAGUCAAGAGGAAUGGAGCGCCGGACGCUCAUCUCGCGAGUCUCGGCAAGUCAGGAAGGACCAGUUCUUCUGGCAGUACAACAUCCAAUCCAAGGGUCCCAAGGGAAAGCGAGUCCGGUUUGGGAUGGAUGAAAACCCCCACAAAGUCCAGGAUUUUGAAGAUCCUGUCUUUGAUUCAUCUUCAGCUUCUCAGCUGGGAACCACCAUCCGUCACGGAGGGAAAGCACGGAAAGGAGACGGAAAUGAUGUCUCCCCCAACCCAAAGAAACUCGUCCAGAUCGGAGGUCAGAUCAAAAAGCUAAACAAACAAAUCAACAGCUUCGCUCCACUCAGCGAACUUCCCGUCUCUACGCGGAACAAGUCUAAGAAGGAGAAAAAUAAGCUGGCGUCUAGAGCUUGUCGCCUAAAGAAGAAGGCCCAGCAUGAAGCGAAUAAGGUGAAGCUCCACGGCCUUGACAUAGAACACAAACAGCUGUUAGGUGUAAUUGAUACAAUUAAAGAAGAUCUUCACAACUUUAUCAUCAAGAAAGGUCCUCAGAUCAAAUUCUCAACUCGUCUAGAGAGUCUAAUCAAGGAAAAACUAACUCUGCAAGUGGCUGGAAAUACCACAGAUUAUGUGAACAGUGUCAUUUCCAAAGUUGAGGCAGGGGACCCAAAAGGGGGUCUCUUUACCAAGAAAUUCUCCGUGAAAAAUGAUCACACAUGAAAUCCACGAAUAAGACUUGUGUGGCAUUCUGAAGCAGGUUGUGUUAUUCCAUUGGUCCAGGCAUGAGAGUUGUUCCUAACAACCGAUGAAUUCUGGGAAGGUGUGAUGUUCUGUUAACCACCCUCUGCAUUAACUAGAGUUGAUAGAUGUACUAAUUUGUUGUUUAUUUAUAGUCUCCAUGUUUCCUUCCAUGUUUGUCAACAUUGGUACCUAUAUUUGUGUUUGAGUAUACAUAAAUUCUCUGCUGUUAAUGUUUAUAUCCAAUAUGCCAUAUUUUGUAGUGCAUCGUACACAUUAAUACUGUUGUGUAUUAGUAGUGUAGGUUUGAUAAUGCUUGUUUAUCUUUAAUAUCUAAUAGGAAAUUGUGCAAUAUAUUGUGUAAAAAAUGACAAAUUUUGUAAUCUGUAUAUAUAGUUUUCAGUGAUAUGCUAUUGUACAUAAUCUAGUGUUGUGCUUUCACUCUGUGAGUAGAAAUAUAGCCUGAUGAGAAUGAUACACAGUUAGUGCUUAAGAUGAUGUCAGAGAACCCUAUUCCUUUUUGUACAUAUAUACAAGACCCUGUAGAAUGUUAGCUAGACAAGUGUAUUGGAGAGAGAGGGAGGAACAUUUUCUCCGUUUAUUUUUGGGCUGAGAUCUGCUGGCGAUUGUUGCAUUUAGUGAUAAGAUAUGUUGGUUAUGUAAUAAUUCCUGAAAUUUGUUGUUUUGUUAUGGAUGGCGUAAAGAAUUAUUUUGUUAUGAAUGUUAUUGUCUGUAAAUAUGUAAAUUUUAUUGCCACUGUUUAAAUGUUUUCAAUGCUCAAACAUUUUCUAUUGUCUCACUAGAAAAAUCCAUUCGCACAGUCAAAUGCCAUAUUUACAUGUCUGAAAUGUAGAAAAAAGUUCUUUUUGCAAACUUUUAUAUUCUGUUUAUGUCCAGCUUCAAGGUUUAUUUAAGUGCUAAGUUUCCAAAUUUUGAUUUGAACUGCCGAUAGAGAAUAAUAUGACACUAGAUGUGCUUUGUUUACGAUUACUUUAUAACUAUUGUGUUAUAGGUCAUAGCUUUAAGAGAUGUUAUAUUUAUAACAAUUUGACAAGUCCAAGAUAAGAGCAUUAAAACACUGAUCUUGAAGAAAUCAAUAAAUAUAUUUGAUGCUCUUUUAUUGUCUUAUUUUAAUUUUAAAACAGAAAAAAAUGAAAUUUACAGAGAUGACCAAGAUGUACUGCAGAUUUGGGUGAAUUUUCAAUGUUUUUAAUGUUGAUCUGAUACCAGUGAGUAGAUUUAAAUCUGUAACCUAUGCAAUCAGUCCAACACUACCUGUGUGAUGUGUAUGUUUAUUCUGUGUCUUUCAGAAGCUUGAAUUGUUUAAGGAGGUCUGUAGUUUAUGUGCCAGUUUAGUAUUGUGGAGUAAUUUUUUUUUUUUUUUUUUUUUUUUUUUGGUUUUCACUUGCCGCAUGUCAGUAAGCAUGCUGAAUGUUACAGCGCCAGUUAUUAAUACAGUAUAUCCGUUUUUUCGCGAUGAUUUAUAUUUCGCUUUUCCUGCGAUCAUUUUAAUUCGCAGAAUAUAAAACACGCAGAAAUUAUGUCAGCUAUAAUGUGACCAAAAAAAAAAAUAUUUUUUUUUAAAUUUUCAGUUGUUAAAAAUAACACGCAAAAUAAAAACUGGUCAAAUCUACCCCUUUUUCGCAAAAUUUCCAACACGCGAAAAAAAACCCCGGAUAUACGGUAUAUAAUUUGAUCUUGCUCCACAUUUGAGUUUGCAGAAUUCAGAAUGUAAGACUACUUCAAACAGUGGCGUGUGAAUUUUUUGCUCGAGAAGAGAAUUAAGCUAUGUACAUAAUUCUUUAACUUUGUGAUGACAAAAUCACUUUUGUACACGUUUUGCUAUCGAGACUGUGCCAUGAUUGAGUUUUCAGUACUGAGAAGAUUACUAUAGGGCUUUCAAAACGUUGGCAAUAUCCUGAAUUGCAAGUCAAAUGCAAGAAUUUGUGUCUUUUAAUAAAAUGUUACUCUGAAAUAAAAUUUUUGAAAACCAUC